AUGAGGCCGACUCAGCUGCUGCGACUCCGUCAGACCAUGGCCCAGCUGGCCAAGGCGUCGAACCAGCCGGUGCCCCCGUCUGCGCCCUCUAGCGCCGUCAGGGAGGCGUCGGCCACGAUCCUGCCGCCGAUCCAGCUCUACCGCCGCAUCCACCGCGCCCACCGCCACCUGACGGCCGACAUGCGGGUGCUGGGCGAUGACUAUGUGCGCGACGAGUUCCGGCGCCACAAGGACAUCGACAACCCGCUGCAGAUUGUCGCGUUCCUGAGCUCGUGGAAGAUGUACCUCGACCAGCUCGAGGUGUCGCAGGGCAAGCCCGGCGGCUUCCGCGGCAAGCGUCUCGACGCGACGCUCAUGGACAAGCUGUCCGACGAGCAGGUCAACCAGCUCUACGAGCUGAUGCAGGCCACCGAGUCGGCCUAUGACCCCGAGCGUGCCCAGGCCGCUCCGCCCAACGCAAAGGCUAUGGCCCAAGCCGCCGCUAAGGCCCAGGGCAUGUCGCUCAAGAACGACGACUGA